AUUUUUGCAGUCUAUUUUUAGUUUGGGAGUGUUGUUGGUUGAGUUGACUAAAAUAACUAAACAUAAACUUAAACCAAAACAAACCUAAGGAGAAAGCAAAAGAAUUGAGUGAGUAUCGAUUGACAAACUCAAAAGUGUUGGGUUUGGUUUGGUUUGUUAACCUAAACAUUAAUGGAGAACCACUCCUCUCACGUCACCGCCCCCAACCGUUCUCGGAGCUCCCAAUCUCCCUCACCUUCCCACUCCGCCUCCGCCUCAGCCACCUCCUCCAUCCACAACAAGCGCAAGCUUCCCCCCGACGACCACGCUCCUCCCUUCUCCACCGAUGCAAGAGACGGCGCCCUCACCUCCAACGACGAUCUCGACAGUAUCUCUGCCCGAGGCGGCGCCGCAGAUUCCGACUCCGACGAUGACUCCGACGAUGUCGCCGUUGACGACGAUGACGACUUCGAUAACGAUUCCAUGCGCAAUUUCACUGCUGCACGCCUCGACAGCACCACACGCAAUACCAAGAUGAAGACUGAGGCUGCGACUGUCAAAAUUGAGAAUUCCGACAAUUCUAAAGACGCUGGUGCUGCUCCUGGCACCGCUGCCGGUGGUCCAGGCGCCAACGCCACCACAGCUCAGGGAAUUGUGGUCAAAGAAGACGCCACCAAAAUAUUUACGGAAAAUUUGCAGACCAGUGGUGCUUAUAGUGCUAGAGAGGAAAGUUUGAAAAGAGAGGAGGAAGCUGGAAAACUCAAGUUUGCUUGCUAUUCAAACGAUGGUAUUGAUGAGCACAUGGUCUGGUUAAUUGGUUUGAAAAAUAUUUUUGGGAGGCAACUACCAAACAUGCCCAAAGAGUACAUUGUUCGUCUUGUUAUGGAUAGAAGCCACAAAUCUGUUAUGGUUAUUAGACGCAAUCAUGUUGUUGGUGGCAUCACCUAUCGACCAUAUGUCAGCCAAAGGUUUGGGGAAAUUGCUUUCUGUGCAAUCACGGCUGAUGAACAAGUUAAAGGCUAUGGUACUAGGCUGAUGAAUCAUUUAAAACAACAUGCGCGAGAUGUUGAUGGGCUAACUCAUUUUCUGACAUAUGCUGACAAUAAUGCUGUUGGCUAUUUUAUUAAGCAGGGUUUUACCAAGGAGAUUCACUUGGAGAAAGAUCGGUGGCAUGGGUACAUAAAAGAUUAUGAUGGAGGAAUCCUUAUGGAAUGCAAAAUUGAUCCGAAGCUUCCAUACAUUGACUUGUCAACUAUGAUUCGCCGCCAGAGACAGGCGAUUGAUGAAAAGAUAAGAGAGCUCUCCAACUGUCACAUUGUGUAUCCAGGGAUUGACUUUAUAAAGAAAGAAGCUGGAAUUCCUAAGAAACCUGUCAAAGCUGAGGACAUUCCUGGUUUACGGGAUGCAGGCUGGACACCUGACCAAUAUGGCUAUUCACGAGUUGGUAUUUUGAGUGCUUCAACAGAAAAUGGGAGAAAGCAUUUGACUGCAUUCAUGCGCUCACUUGUGAAGUCUAUGCAUGACCAUGUUGAUGCGUGGCCAUUCAAAGAGCCAGUCGAUGCACGUGACGUUCCUGAUUAUUAUGACAUUAUCAAAGAUCCAAUGGAUCUAAGGACUUUGUCAAAGAGGGUAGAGUCAGAGCAAUAUUACGUUACACUAGAGAUGUUCAUUGCGGAUGUGAAGAGGAUGUUCGUCAAUGCACGCACCUACAAUUCUCCCGAGACUAUUUAUUACAAAUGUUCAACAAGGCUGGAAACUCAUUUUCAAAGCAAAGUUCAAUCAGGUCUCCAAGCUGGUACUAAAAUUCAGCAGCAGUGAAUUUUACAAGUGCACUGGAUGGACUAGUAAUUGGUCAUGUCAUCAUGUAUUUUAUGUUUUAGAUUUUAGAUAGGCUAACUCAUCUUUUAACUAUUUCAUUUAUUGUUUAUACUCUUUUUUUCUUUUAGUAUUGAUGUACACAUUCAUAUUUAUCAUGUCAUGUAUCAUGGUUAAUUUUAGUGGAAUGGAAUUACAACACUUAUGCCA